AUGUUCUUCAAGCCUUUGGAUCUGACAACUGCGCUUCGCCCCUCGCUGUUGCCCGACGAGACCUUACUCUUUGUCCAGGAUGCGGUGGGGUUGUACGAAGGAAAAUAUAAAAUCCCCAAUUAUCAGAAUGGCCAUGCCUAUUUGACCUCGCAUCGUGUCUGUUAUGUAGCAGUUGAUGAGCCGCGGAAAUACUCAGUUGGCAUUGACCUCAAGGAUAUUGAUAGAACAGAGUACCAAGCAAGCUUCUGGAAGUCCUCUCCAAAGAUUACGCUAUACCCUAAACCGCUGAAGAACAUUGACCGGUCGAAAAGCGCUGGCGCAAGUCCCUCUCGAUCGCAGUCGCCCCUGACCCCAAAGUCCGUGUCUCAUCCUAGUGCGGGGCUUCCUCCACCCGUGAAUGCGACAUGGGUAUGCCCUAUAUGCACCUUUUCCAAUCCCGUGCCCUCCAAUUUCGACCCGUCCACCGCUACCGCGUCCACGCCGAUACCUCCUUGCCUGGCAUGUGGUAUCAAACCCCCUUUUGCGACUAUCCUUAAGGCUGCAAUCACUGCUGCAACAAGUCGCGAGAGUACUGUUGCGACGCCACCCAUCUCUCAACCUGGGCAAGAGUCCUCACUUGGGAAUAAUGGCCCCAAGAACCUAACGAUUCCACAAAAUGGUGCCCAAGUGUCAUGUCCUCGCUGCACAUUCGUCAACCAUCCGUCUCUCAUUGAAUGUGAAAUGUGUGGAGCUUCCUUGGUCUCUGCAAAUAUCCUCAAGGUCACCAAUGGCGAUCACUACCGUGCGGAAUCCCCGGCCCCUGUUUUUGAUCAGGGCAGUAUAAAGAGCAAGCAAAUCAAAGAUUGCAUGAAAUUAUCAUUCCGUGGAGGUGGCGAAAAGAUAUUUCUUGAAAGGUUGAAGGGCGCCUUGAUCCAGCGGAAAUGGCUUCUUUACAAUGCUCCGCCUGUGCCACAACAACCAUCGCAGUCAAGCCUCGAAGCUCAAGGUUUAGCCGUGCCUGCAUUAGCGAACGGCCCUGGAGCAUCACAGCCUCGCUCACCGGGAGUUGGCAUUGCGGGGCUUGAGCGACGAGGGCUUGAGGCUCGUAAGAACAAUGAGCUCGUCAUUGGCAAUGCUUUCGAGGAUCUCGAAGCGCUUAUGGCAUCGGCGAAACAUAUUGUUGCGCUUGCUGAGACGCUAGCCCGCGAGUCUGGGAUGGCUAGUGACGAGAGCUCUGCUGAAACUAGCGCCGUCCUUUCGGAAUCAGCGGCGGCGUUGGGUAUGGUGACAACGAAAGAUAUGCUCGGGUCCGGGGCAGAGAGCCUAUAUCUGUCGGAACUGUCACGAAAUCUAGCAGAGUAUCUAACCGACGAUCGUAAGGGCAUCUUACAGAAAGAAGGCGGGAUUAUCAGUCUUAUCGACUUGUGGGCAAUCUUCAACCGGUCCCGAAACGGGGUCGAGCUCGUCAGUCCUUCGGACUUUCAGAAGGCUGCGGAGCUAUGGGAGAAACUGAAGUUGCCAGUCCGUCUGCGUCGAUUCAGGAGUGGACUGCUUGUUGUGCAACGAUACGACUGGACUGAUGAGAAGACCCUUCGGCAGCUGCUAGACUGGAUGGCAGAGCUCCGUCAAGUGCCACCCACGGAGCCGGUAGCCUGGGACUGGCGUCUGUUUGGACGUGCCGUGACCGCACAGGAGGCGGCACAGCGAUUCAAAUGGAGUGUGGGCGUUGCAGCGGAGGAGUUGGAAAUGGCAGAGGACAAGGGAGUCCUUUGCAGAGAACAGGGAAUUGAGGGGCUCCGGUUCUGGUUCAAUUAUAUUGCGUCUGACCCAGACCUGCAGGAAUUGGAUGAUCUAGGACUUGCAAAAGUUAGCAUAGACAACCAUGACAUAUAG